AUGGAAGAUGGUGCCUCCGACACCGUCGCUGUCCACGUGACAGCGUCCGCUGCAUCGCCGCCUCCGCCUCCCGAUCCGAACGUAGACGAUGCGACGGCCGCCGUACCGCUUGAUGCCACUCCCCCAGCCAAGACAGACGACCCGCUCGUCCUCGACAACGAGCGCUGGGAUGUCACCUCCGUCUCUGCCCACGGCGCAUUGCGCAUGCUCGCCGAAACGCUCCAGAAGCUCUCGGAAGCUACCGGCGACGUCCCUCCCACCCCACCCGUCUCCCGUCCUUCCACCCCUCAUCAGAAGUUGGACGCCUGCAAGGGCCACAUGCGCCGAGUCUCCUCCUCUCGCACACUGGCCGUGGGAGCGGAGGGGCUUCCCUCCAUGCCAGAGAUGACCAGUCCUGAAGCACACCCCCAUGAGCCCAUCACCGUCCAAGUCGGCUCACGUGCGGAGGAUCUCGCGGUUCAGCAGGCUGCCAUCGCCAGGCGCUUCUUCUCCAAAGUCGCCCCUCCAUUCACCUUGAUCGAGUACCUCCUGCGCCUCCACAAGUUCUGCCCGCACUCGAGUGGAGUCUACCUCACUGCCGUCGCAUACAUCCACGCUCUCUGCAUCUCCUCCAACAUCCUCCCCAUCACGACUCGUACGAUCCAUCGCCUGUCACUCGCUGCAAUCCGAAUCGCUGCAAAAGCCGUGGAGGAUAACAAGUGGGCACAAGAGCGCGUUGCGAAAGUGGGAGGCAUCAGCAACCAUCAACUCAUGAAUCUGGAGGUCGCGCUUUGCUUCUUGCUGGACUUUGAACUGUUCGUCGACGAGGGUAUCAUGGCGAGGAGGAUGUUCUUGCUACAGCAGGCCGCGAGGCAUAGGACCGCGGCGAAGGGCAGGCUGAGUGACCAGUCUCAGCUCAAGCUUCCACCGAGUAGGAUCAAGGCAGCCCAGGCGUGA